AUGACGGAUGAAUCAAUAACGAAUACCGCGAAGCCACCAUCCAAAGAUGAGCAAAAUGCUGUCCAGAACCGCGGCAUCUCUGAGCAUGGGGACGUCUGUGAUAGCAACACGUAUCACCGGCAAACAGAGUCACGCCUCGGUCUAUCAGACGCUCGGCCAAAGGUGGCUCCGUCUCAAACCAUCCACAACGCGAUGGAGAUCGACUCUGUUGGAAACCCAUCAGGUUCACUGAUCGAGGAAUCAGAUAUUGUAUCGCCAUCAGACGAGCCAGCUCUGGCAGAGACUGCUUGUUCCGCUGAUGUAACUAUGGAAAUACCGGACUCAAGUCAGGUGUCUCUGUUAAGCUCGUCAUACGAGGAGCGCGACAUGACUAGCAAUGCCGGACACACCUCAGGGCAUCACUCAGCUAACCUCCCAGCAGUCACUGAGGACGCGCAGGAAGAACAAACUAAAGGACAGAGCGGAUAUGGCGAGCCCAUUCAGGACACCUCAGAAUCCGAAUCUCAGAUUGACCCUCAUUCUAGCUCCCAGCUCGAUAUCGCACAGCAAUCCUUAAGUCCUACUCCCAAACUCACAGAGCCGCCCAAAGACAAGCGUAUAGCCGCCCUCGAGGCCCGCAAGACCUCGCUCGAAGCCACGCUAGCCCACCUCACAGCCACCCGCGACAGUCUCUCGGAGCAACUCUCCGCUCUGCCAUCAAUCUCACCCACUCUGGAGUACCUAAACGGAAGCAUCACAGGGGAGGGCCUCCCCCACGUUCCAGCCUCCCCUUUCCCUUCCAACCACUCAUCGUCUCCCCCUUCCAGCCAGGUAUCCGACCCCAUCCAUUCCGACGCCGCAGUCCUCGCAGCAGCAAAAGCGGUAAUAAAGCGCCAUAUCACGCUGCUGCACGACUACAACGAGAUCCGGGAUGUCGGGCUCGGCCUCAUGGGGCUGAUUGCCGAUGCGCGGGGUGUCAGAAUCAAGGACGUGCAGGAGGAGUUCGGGAUCGAGGCCAAGGAUUGA